GUGGCUACUUGACAGUGCCGAGUGUUCGUAUACUCCACAGAGGAAUGCGGCUCUCGUAGACAACUGUACGUGAAUCUAGAGGCAUCAUUCCAAUCACAUCAUGGCCGGAUUCAGACAGGAGGAUGUCGAGUUGUAUUAUGAGAUGGGAGAGGAGCUUGGCAGUGGACAGUUUGCCAUCGUCCGCAAGUGUAAGGAGAAGAGCACAGGCAGCGAGUACGCCGCCAAGUUCAUAAAGAAGCGGCGGCUGUCAUCCAGCCGGCGCGGGGUGAGUCGCGAAGAGAUCGAGCGCGAGGUCAACAUCCUGCGAGAGAUUCAGCACAGCAACAUCAUCACGCUGCACGACAUCUUUGAAAACAAGACCGACGUGAUCCUGAUCCUGGAGCUGGUGUCUGGAGGAGAACUGUUUGACUUCCUUGCUGAGAAGGAAUCCCUCACGGAGGAGGAAGCUACUCAGUUCCUCAAGCAGAUCCUGGACGGCGUUCACUAUCUUCACUCCAAACACAUCGCCCACUUUGACCUCAAGCCUGAGAACAUCAUGCUGCUGGACAAGAACGUGCCAAACCCCAGGAUCAAACUGAUUGACUUUGGGAUCGCUCAUCAGAUUAAAGCGGGAAAUGAGUUCAAGAACAUCUUUGGAACGCCAGAGUUUGUCGCGCCAGAAAUAGUCAACUACGAGCCACUUGGACUGGAGGCAGAUAUGUGGAGCAUCGGAGUCAUCACGUACAUUUUGUUGAGCGGCGCGUCUCCAUUUCUGGGCGAGACUAAACAGGAGACCCUGACUAACAUCUCGGGCGUCAACUACGACUUUGAUGAGGAGUAUUUUAGCAACACCAGUGAGCUGGCCAAAGACUUCAUCCGCCGUCUGUUGGUCAAGGAUCCAAAGAAGAGAAUGACAAUCGUUGACAGUCUCGAGCAUCCCUGGAUUAAGGUGAUCAAGAGGCGAAACGUGCGUCCAGAGGAGAGGGACCACAAGCCUGAGCGCCGUCGCCUGAAGACCACUCGUCUGAAGGAGUACACCAUCAAGUCUCACUCCAGCAUGCCGCCUAAUAACACCUAUGUCAACUUCGAGCGCUUUUCCCAGGUGCUGGAGGAGAUUGCGUCUGCAGAGGAAGGCCUGAAGGAGCUGGAGCGUAACCAGCGCUCGUGCCAAGAGGACGUGGCGGCGCUGCUGUCCAUCUACGAGGAGAAGGAGAGUUGGUAUAAGGAGGAGAGCCAGAGCAUCUCCAGCGACCUGAGCCACAUCCGCCACGAGCUGCAGCGCUCUCAGGUGCAGCACAAGAAGUAUCAGGAGGACGCCCGCAUCACCAUGCAGGCCACCAACAUCCUCAAGCGCAAGUUUGGCCGCCUGGAAAAGCGCUACGAGGUUCUGGCUGAGCAGGUGGCGUCUGAGGUCCGCUGGGUGGAGGAGCUGGUGAAAUCCAUAUCUGCAGAGAAGGACAGACUGAGCUCUGGCAGCAUGCCAUGAGCAGGGCGGAUGUCCAACAGUGACAUUUUUACUCUCAAGUAUCCUCCUGCCCGUCUUCUCUGCACGUGUGCCGCACAGCAGAGUUUGAGUGGGUGAGUCCUUGUCAUCAUAAGCUAUGCUGCUGCUUCCCUCCAGGAAAGGUGUUCCAAUCUUUUUAUGUCAUGCUCGAGAAAACCAGCAAGAAGCAGAGAGGCCAUAUACUCGACCCAGUCACCUCAAAGAGGCUCAUUCCUGUGUUUUUAUCCAUUAAUUUAUAAUUUUAGAGAUUUUCUACGUACUGUAAUUCAGCUGCAGAUGGAGCAGACUUUUGUUUCUUUUUUUGUUUACUCUUUUUAGCAACUAUAAUUAAAUCUAGAUUUCCUUGAGGCUUUAAAAGUCAUAGAUAGUCGGUUAGCAGAUCAUGUGAUAAAGCGUGACAAACAGCUGAUAGUGGUCCCGUUUUCACACAAAUCAUUGGUAUUUGUUUUUCUGGUGCUUAAAUUUCAGCUGAUAUUGAAUUUCUUUUACAUGCUUGGGCGGGUUUUUGACCGUAAAGGAUGCAAAAAAAAAAACCUGAAAACUCUGAGCAUAGAAAAUGAAAGGCCAUGCUUUCAUUCACAGGUCCAUCAUUUCAAAAUAUAUUUUUAAGUUUACUGGAAAGGUAUCAUGUAAUUUGAUAGUACUUGAGAAAAAUACUACUCUGGUUUAAUAUCUGUUAAAUAUUUAUUAAAGCCAUAGUGCGUAACUUUGACUAAUAACUGUUGGAGUCAAACUACUGUCAGAUGACUUCACACCAGGCUGAUUAAGCUCCACACACCUCUUUCUGUUUCAAUUGCAGCAGCAGUUUUUGUACUCUGAGAUGGCUGUUUGCUGAUGGCCAAAGGUUACGCUCUGAAGCUUUAACUAUUCAUUCAAUAUUUGCAACUUAAUCCCUGUUU